UCCAUAGCUAUAUACAAAAGAAAGCAAUAAUGACAAAGAUUGAUCUGGCCAUUGUUUUGAUCUCAAUGUUCAUAAUUCUUUCACUCCAUUCUAUCGUCGGUAACGCUGCAGAAGCUGCGAAAUCGGGAGAAGAACCCAAAAGCAAACACCCAAAGGAGGAAACUCCUGAAGACAUCUUGAAAGCUCAUAAUGAAUUUCGUGCUCAAGUUGGGGUUCCUCCACUGGUUUGGAAUGAAACCCUAGCUAAAUAUGCUCAAGUUUAUGCCAAGAAAAGGGUGAAUGACUGUAAGAUGGAGCAUUCCAUGGGACCCUACGGUGAAAACCUUGCCGGAGGCUAUGAAGACUCCACUAUCGCGGAUUCCGUGAGAUUUUGGGCUACAGAGAAGCCUGACUAUGAUCCUGCUUCCGGUAAAUGUAAAAGCGGCGGAUUCGAUUGCGGCCACUAUACUCAAAUUGUUGCGAGAAAGACGACCAACGUUGGGUGCGCUAGAGAAAAGUGUACAAACGGAUGGUAUUAUGUGAUUUGCAGCUACUAUCCUGCUGGAAACAUUGAGGGUGAAAAAGCUUAUUAAUUCUUCUUCUUCUUCUUUCGGACUUUAUUUCCUUGGUUUUAAAGGAACUGCUAGACUAUAUGCA